AUGUCAGCAGGAUCGCGGGUUCGUCGUGCCGCGGCGGCCAAUGAAAGUGUCGUCGUGCGUAUCUGGCGCUGGGUUAAAAUUCGAUUCUGGCAUCUAUUCUAUGGAGAGAACGAAUGGCAGCGAUUGUGUAAUCCGACUGGUCCUGACGUCGAUGAAUACGAACGCGUCGUACGUUUUCGCACAGAGUUGGCGCUUUCUAAGCGAAUGGUGCAGACUUGCAAUGCAGUCUUUGACAACGAGCCGUUUCCCGUCGAGAAAACGCUGCAUGACGUUGCAACACGAGCGAGUCUUGACAAAAGUGAUACUACGUUAAUGGCUAAUGUCCGCUCAUGCCUUCAGCGUUGCAACUUUGUAAAUAGGAUAUAUGAUCAAGUGUACGCAUUGAAAAAUGAAGCGUACAGCUCGUCAAAUUCCGAGCAUGAAGAGCUGCUUGAGCAGUUAUGGUCAAAUUUGAAGCCGGAUGUGCGACGUUUAGGUGGACGCAUCACUAAGGAGUGGGGAGAGAUUGGUUUUCAAGGUACUGAUCCGAUGUCGGACUUUCGAGGAAUGGGCAUCCUCUCACUGGUCCAGCUUAAUCAUUUUACAAAAACAUACAAAAUUGAAUCUCAACGGGCAUUGGAAGAGUCAAACCAUCCAACGCGCUGGUACCCGUUCGCCGUUACAGGAAUCAAUGUCACCGCCUUUGUUGUUGAGCUGAUUGACAAUCGUCUUUUAGAUGUUGAGAUAUACCGCUUAAGCACUGGUGGUGAAGAUGACAACGUGGAUGCCGGAAUCCAGCAGUUACACGAUUUCUAUGCCACGACCUUUACCCGUUUUAACAAACUAUGGGUGGAUUCAAAUCCUCGCGAUGUGAUGGCUUUUCCAUCCAUCUUUCAGUCGCUGAAAGAUGCUAUCUGCCGCGAAUUAACCCAUAGGUCGUUCAGGGAACGUCCUGCAGCCAGUGUGGAGUGCGUAGUGGACAAUUACUAUCCCCUCCCAUUUGUUCGACCAUAUUUCUCAACUACAUUAAUGAGCGGUGAUCCGUCCAAUAGCGGUGGUGCACCCGGGUCGCCUGAGUACACUCGUGGGACUACCAUGGCCUCACAAUGGCCUGUUGAUGUCGACCUAGAUGCGCUGUAUCUUUCUGAGCGAUCAGAUGUGGAUGACCUUGUACGUAGCGCUUCAGACAUGAGUGUCUGGACCAUGGAGAAUCGUAAGGACAAUGCGACAGUGUAUGUGCAUUCUAAGAACAGCGAACGUUUAUCGUACUCGGUACGCGCGGUCACAAAAGUUGCAGGCUCAGUUUCGGACGUGCUCGAGUGUCUGCGUGCAGUCAGUAAUUCAAGUCUUAAGAGUUUUCAAAAAUUGCUGCAUCCUCGCAAUUUCAUGGAUGGAGAAGUUCUGUAUGUACAUCAAGUGGAUGCAGAUUCAUCUCAUGAUAGAGCAUCUAAUGAAUCGAUGACGCUAAAGUGGCUUGUGUAUUCAUCUCCAAAAACUCUUGGACACGCUAAAGAAUUUUGCAUUCGUGAAUAUUGUGUGCUUCUUCCUAAUCAUCCUGUGCAUGGCAAUGUGGGUAUUCUUAAGUUUGAGUCGUAUGAUGGUGCAGCAGCACGUUAUGGAAUUCGUGGUAAACCCGAUGCUUACAGCUUAACAGUAUUUGAACCAAGCUCGUAUAUUGUCCAACAAACUCCAGAGGAUCCCAAUAUGUGCAACGUGAUUUUGACAUUUGCUAUGCGAAAAGCACGAGGCGGAGAAAGUGUAUCAGCUGGUGUUCGAUUGACGUCUUUACGACUCGCAGGAGAUCUCUCGGGAAUGCAAAGAGCCGUCCAACAAGCGCUUUUCGCUCCUGCAGCGCUCGCACAAAGACAGGAGUGGGUGAAUGAUGCACAACGUACCAACUGUUCAUUGUGCGUACAAUCUUUUGGGAUGUUGAAGCGUCGACAUCACUGUCGAGUGUGUGGCGAAGUAGUAUGUUCCGCUUGUACGGUCUUUAAAAUGGUCAAAGGAGAUCAGGAUGUUGCGGCAAAAGUGCGUGUUUGUAAGGCUUGUUUAGCUAGAGGUAGCAACACGACAAAUUUGGGAACUACUUUAAGUGGUGGAGCUGCGAUGAAUAACAGGUUUUCCAAUCCCGUGACUCGGAAACUUAGCAGUACCAGUACUGAAACGGAUGUCGACAUGAAUGGUGGAAGUGGUACGACGCCAAUCAUGGGUGGAAUGAAUAAUAUCGGUACCAGUACCGGGAGCACAAGCUCGCUAACUUCGGACGAAUCGCACAGUCCUCCAAACGACGAUCCAGCGUCGUCAUCUCUACCGACAAUGCAGUUCAACAAAGGAUCUGCAUUGACUUUAAAUGAUUUUGACGCUCACACACAAUUAAACAAUGACGGAGAUAAUAGUCCACCUUCUUUUCGAAAGCAGACGUCGUCAAUGUCAAGCCAAGGCAGAGGAACAGGCUAUGAAGGUAGACCGAUAGGGAGUAUGGGUAGAACCGCGUCAAAUGCUAGUAUUGCUACGAGCCGAAAGACAAAUUCGGAUCGUCGUAUUCAUUACUUUAACGAAGACAUGGAAGAAAUUUGUAUGCUAGCGAUGGAAACAUUAACGUGUCCAAUGGCGGGAAUUCGUACUGAAGAUUUCGAGCUUGUGAGGUACUAUGAUGGAAAACCAACUCCAGGACUCCCUCGAAGUCUGCCCACUUUUCGAAGACUAGCAACCCGUGGUAAACCAUGUAUUGUGCUCGACGUGAGCUCGGAUAAACGAAUUUCAGGUGAAAAACGCUUUACAGCCAAAUUGCAAUUUUUUGUUGGUAUUCCCUUGCUGGUAAAUGGCGAAGUGGUAGGUGACUUAUGUGUGGCAGAUCGGUAUGCGCGUGACAAUAUCGAUCACAAGCAGGUGGAAGUGCUUAAUGUGCUAGGCGAGACAGUGACUCAAUAUAUGCAGUCGGAAGACUAUCAGGAAGAUUUGGUCGAGUUUAAAGCGACUCAUACGGCGGCUCGCAGACCUCCAACAGGUGGCUCAGUCUAUCAACUCCCACAAGAAGAAAUUAGUGAACCAUUAGCAGGCACGAAGGAAGUUGCAUUUUAA